CGUUCCUAAGAAACUUUGAACAACAUCCCACUCAAGAUGACGACUUGAUCGUGAGCCUUAAAAUCGAGAAAAAUAAUUAGAAUGGGGAACUCUGCCUCGCAUGCCAACAAUUCCAAUCAAGAAGUUUUGAUAGAUUGCCCUGUGCUAGUUGACCUUGGUCAUGGUACAAUAAGGCAUCGCAAGCCAGAUGAAAAGAGUACAGCAAACAGUAAAGUCAAAACUGGCUACUUCUAUCAUGCAAGACUUGAAGAUUUCAGUGAAAAUGCUGAAAUCCCAGAAGAUGAAGACUAUAAGCUCAAAUAUGUAUUCAAGGGACCUAAAAAGGCUCAUAACAGAUUGUACUAUGUUUAUGGAAAGAAAUUAGAUUCUCAGGAUAAUGGGAUACAGAGGAGUGAAUAUCGACCAGCUGGUAAAGGGUUCAAUUGGCCUGAAUCAUACAGAAAAGCAAAUAAUCUGUAUUAUGAAAUCACAUUUCCACAACAAGAUGACGAUUUUGCAGACUUUGAUGAUGAUACUUUGAGUAUUUCAACAUCAGUUAGCAGUGCUACCCCUCCAUCAAAGAAAGACAACAUAACGCUCAAAGUUACAUUCAGUGAUAGCUGUAGCUCAGUAAAAGAGCGUCUAUCAUUAAAGCUGCUGUUGCCUUCAUUUCGUAUCCACCUGUUGUUAAAUAAAAAUGAGUUGGGUGAUGAUGAACAAAUUGGAGAUUUAAGAACUGAGGAGCAAGGUAGUUUUGAAAGAUUUCUAAUACAACUGAAACUGACAUAAACAAAUAGGCACACUGUAAAUUACAAACAGCAUUUUCAGGGAGUCUCUUCCAAUGUCUACUUUUUUUGUAAAUAUUAAAUAAUUUUUUAACUUAGUAUUAGGGCUCUUAAGAUGAUGAGCACAACCUUUAUCUCAUUUGAUUGUACAUAAGUCAUGUUCUUACUGUAACAUGUACAUACAGACUUAAGUGUAAAUUUCCUUGAUUAAAUUCAAGAAAUUUUUUCUGCUUGCAACUUCUCAACUGAAGAUUUGUUUUACUAAUUUUAUAGAGAAAUAAUUAAUUUUCAUCUGAUAUUGUGUCUUAUUUAUAGCUAUUUAUAGAGUGCCAAUGUAGCUACCUUUAAUACUUGUAGCACUUUGCCUAGCAGUCACGCAAGAAAAUAAAUUGUAAUUUCAUAAACAUUAAAAAUACAAGAUUUGGACGAAAAAUAAAAUAAAUUUACAAAAACUGUCUCAUUUGCAUACCAGCAAUUUAGUUUAACUACUAAACAGAUGAAAUUGCUAGUGCUAAAAUUUGAGAUAAUCAAGAAAAUAUGAUAUAUAUCUAUAUAUAUUAUUUACUUGUGUAAAACUCAUACAAAACAAAAUUAAAUUGUAAGAACAAAUAACUCUGAAUGAUUAGGUAAAUUCCAACACUACACCUGCCAAUAUCACACAGCACAUUUGUAGAUCACGAGGUGAAAAGCACUGAGAAGUCAGUGAAAGUGCAAGCUAAUUGAGGCAUAUUUUGUAGCCGCCAGCCCUAAAUGAUGGUUUCUGAUGUCUCUCCCCUUGCAAAUAACCACAUUCCCAACCAAUAAUCUGCCCAUAACAGGCUCUUUCAUGCUUUUAGCAUUAUGAUCACUAAAAAACUAGUUAUUUAUAUUUACAAGCGAUAAUGGUCUACUCUAAAUUUUGAGUUUGAUAUUUGAGAUAAACCUACAAAACAGUUUUUACAAAACUGAUUAUCAUCACAUUAAGCAGCUCAGAAAAAAACAUUGUUUCAAUCUUGCAUGUAUGUGUAAUCUACAACUACACACCAUUUUAAAGCUUAAAGUUUCAAAUAAUGCUGUGGCGUUUUCAGUAUUUUAUACUGGCACAACAAAUUUCAAGGAAUAAAUGUUUGGGAGAAUCUUAAAGAUUCCAUCUUGUACCUCUGCUAGAAAACAAUGAACAUAAAAGUUAAAUGAACAUAAGGUACUCGCAUAUUGCUAGCAGCAAUUUUGUAAUUUUCAGAAUGUUGAUUCUGUAAAAUAUUUGUUUUAUUAUUAUUAGGUAAACAGUUUAUAAGCUUCAAGAAAAUUUUUUAAAAUGGGAAAUUUAUAAGAAGACAUGGAUUUCCUUUGUAUGGCAUGUUGUUAGUGCAGGUAAAGAGUCAUAUAGAGAAUAAUUCUAUCUAUUUCAUAACAAAUUGUGAUAAGUGACAUGCAAUGAGUUCAAGCAUUUGCCCAACUGGGUUUUUUAGAAUAUGCAAAUGUUGGGUUUCAGAUUUAUUCACCGCAGCUGAUCUGUAACAGAGUUGGGAAUUACAGUAUUUUUUGCAAACUGCAAUCCUCUAACAUGAUAUGGAAAAGUGUCAUAAGACAAUUAUCAAAUCAUUUUGACUAAAGGAGUGAGAAAAUCAGGACUCUUUUCAACUUAAAACCUGGAGAAUCCAUUACCUUUAGCCACUCAAAUCUCAAUAAGAAAUUUUAGAAAUUUAUUUUUUGUGUAAGUUUGAAUAACAGAUGAACUUACAGAGUCA